AUGUCCAUCAACGAGCCUUUGGCCUUGAUUGAUCGACGGGUUGUCAAGGGUUGCACUGUCGUUCAGUACUUUCGCUGGGGAAGGGAGAUUGCCAUUGCAUGUAGGAUGAUCAGUGAUCCCAAGUCAGCACACUUCAUUGCGUGGACAGAACAUGGGACUUCGUUCGUCGUCUCGAAUGUUGGUGAAUUCAGCAGGAGCAUCCUGGGGUCACACUUUAAACAUAACAACUUCUCGAGUUUUGUUCGGCAAUUGAACAUGUAUGGCUUCCAUAAAAUCAACAGGACCCCCCGUGCGCAACGGACGUCAACGGAUUCUCAAACUUGGGAGUUCUCGCAUCUGAAGUUCCUGCGGGGGCGGCCAGAUCUGCUUGAUGAGAUCAAGCGGAAGGCUCUUGAACCUGAUCCAGCCGUCAAGCAUCGAGUCGAGCUGCCUGGCGAAGUUGCGGCACAGCUUGGCGCGAUGCGUGAUGAAAAUCGCCGAGUUUGGGAACAGGUUAAUAUCGAGCGACGGCGUGCGGACAAGCUGGUCAACGUGGUUGCUCAAUUGUGGGAUGUGGUCGGUAAGGGAUUCCCCGGCAGCAUGCCCCCGUUCCCUAACGAUCUUCUGGACUCUUCCGAAAAUCCAAACAUCUUCGUUACGUCGGCUCAGGGCGCCUCACGCUAUCCACCACCGCUGAGCAUGAACAUGGGAAACCCUCCAAUGCAUUCGAUGCACCAUACCAUGAGCUCGCCGAACCCCAGUCCAACGAACUCAGAAUUCCCCGCUUCGCACGUUCAUCCCAGCCAGCAACAUCCCCAACCCUUGUCUAGGCAGCAUAGCUUCCAGCACAUCUCUUACACGCGUGGUGAUGGCGCCAAUCCUUCUCCCAUGCCUUCCUCUUCUCCCGGAUCGAUAUCGAUGGACCUCUACGACAAUAGCGAUGCGGGUGAUGUAGGGCGCAUUAGCACAAAAAGACAACGGAUGGCGGUGGAUGAUAGCGGCCUUCUGGCGUCGAAUGGAAGCGAUCCCCUUUCUAAUCUUUCAUCACCGAAUGGAAGCACUGCAGCCGUUAAGAAAUUCUCUAGAGCCCGGAGCGACUCGGCACCACUGGGUUACGGCCUAACCUCCUGGCAAGGGACAACAAGGCCUCGCAGCGGUAGUAACCUAUCGGGCCAGCGUGGGGUCCCCAAUAUAGGCAACCUUACACGGGGGAACGCGACCCCUUUGUUGUCGAUGGCCAAUCCCAACCCUUCGCGAUAG